UCAUAAAUACAUGGCUAAAGAACAAUUUUAUAAUUGAACCAAUUGCCUAUGCAAACGUUGUAGAACGUCUCAUGACUUUAUCUCUUUACAGCGAUUAACUAUACAGUUCGGAUUCGCUCGAGCAUAUCGGAAAGCGCCACGGGAAAACCGGAGCGAGAUGAUCCAUUUCGCAAUUCGCUUUACGUGGAAAAUUCUCCCGUGCCAUUCCGUUUCGACGAUACCUUCGGCCCUUCGGAGAACGAGAGCGAAAAAGAGAGAGAGAGAGGGAACGCUCUCGAAUCCGCUCUCCUCCGCGCGCGUUGCGCGAAGCGACGGCGGCGGUGGUGGCGGCGGCGGCGAUUCUUGUAACGGGCAGGCGGCGGGAGUAGCCGCCGGAUAUAUACAUGCACACGCAAUAUCAUAGCGGCGAACAGUCGACACGCGGCACUCGUGCGAAGCGGGUCUCCUUCGUGCCCUCUUUCCCUCCUGCUGCGAUCGAGGGAAGAGAAAGGAAGAAGAGACGCAGUCUCUUGACACUCUCGGGAGAGGAGAGGAGUGACUCGUGAAAGAGAUACAAGUGUUUUUCGCGCCCGUUUCCUUCGCCCGAGUUGCCAAGUAAAGAUCGAGGGAAGAUACCUACCCCCGACGAUCGCCGGUCUAUAAAUUUUUCUUGUCGAUCGAUUCGCGGAUCAAUUAAUUCGCUCGCUCGCGCGCGAUGACGUCAACGUCGCCGCUCUACAGCCGGAAGACGACGUACGACGCGAGAUCACCCUGGCGGACAUCCGGUUCCAGUGCGCGUACCGUUCUUGGCGCGGCGAAGCGUUCGUAGAGCGCCGCGCGCCGCCACCCGAGGGAUCGAUCGAGGAGCUCGCUCGAUCGCGCCGACGGCGAAGCCAGACUCCAGAAGCCAACUAUCCCUCUCUCUCUUUUUUUCCCCUCUUUCUCCGAUCGGGAUCCACGGCUGGCCGCGUUGGACUCCGAAUUCCGCAAUAGCAGCCUCGUGGGAGGCCCACGAAUCAACGGAGACGAUCGCGAACGCGGAAGUAAUCGGAAUUAACCGGCACCAACCGGACGUAAUCUACCUCCCGUGAUGAAUUCUCGCGCCUAGAGAGAUACUUGCUGAUGUUACUCAACUCGAGAAAGGAUAAGUGAUCAGCGGGCGAGAGUUUCACCCAAGGUGGUUCGAUAGCAGAUCGAACGCAUCACGAAGAACGUUCUCCAACGUGCAAUCCGCACUUCCGAUAAUAAGAGUCAGCCGGUCAGCCCGACCGGCCGCGAGAUCGCGUUCCUGGCUAUGGGCAAGCUCCCAAUAAUCCUUCGAGGUGGUGAAACUCCUGACGACGCGAGGGCGAUCAGCAAGGAGGAAAGGUCGGCGGCGACGGUAGUCGUCGUCGGUGAUGCGGUAGCGCGAUCCGGCGCGAUCGCUGAUCGAUUUCCCAUCGAUCGCGAUCCGAAUAUCGCGCUGCGAGAGGAAUGCUGCGGAAACUCCGGGACCGGCGGAGCGGAUCGUCCUGUCGAGGUCGCGAUCGACGUUGACGCGGCCGCGAAACCGAUCGCCACGAGAAUCGGCGAUCCCGCGUGCCGCAAGCGUCGCGACGCCGGCACGAUCGCGCGUUCGCGCGGACACACGUGGCGUGAAAGCGAGGCCGUCCAGGAGACAGAAACCGAUCGAAGCGGAUCAACGUGGAGCUACGUAAUCGAUAACGAUCGCGGACGGAACUGCGCUGUUCUCGACGCGCUCGUAACGUCGGAUGCGGAGCAGCGCAACAGGAUCGCCGGGAACGAUCGCGAUGUAACGAUCGCCGCGAUCGCGUCUUUUUCCGCGCGGAGGGUACGGAUCCGCGAUCGCGUGACCCGCAGCAAUCUCAUCGUACGCAGCGAACGGCGAAAUCGGCAGCACGGCGAUGCUUCGCCGAUUUGCAACAGGUCGAUCGGCGCGUCGACCGACAGCACGGAGAUGGAGAAGGUGCUCUGUUACACCACGGUGGAUAGUAUUACGCCGCUAGGGCAGAAUCGGUCUUCUGUUUCUCCGAUCACUGAUACCACAAACAUUUCAUCUGGCAGCAUUAAAAAUGCUCGCACGUCCAAAUCGACAAUUACCCUCGAAGUGCGAGAGCCGAUCGGUAGCGACGUUAACAUUGUAUACGAAGGCAUCGAUCGCGAUGCCAGCAAUCACGUAAUGCAGCGAUUCACUGAUGACCCAGUCUUGUCUCGUCCAAGCGGACCGAUCGCCAGGCUGAUCGGUAUCGCCGAUUUCGCGAAGCAAUCGCGCCUUCCCGGUGAACAGGUGGACGUCAGCGGCUCGUCGUCCUUUUCACAACUUUCCGCGAAGAUCGAUCCUGGCGGAUCGAGAUGGACCAAGACAGAUUACACGUGGAGACCAUCGCCGAGAAUCUGCUUCGGCUUGCGAACGCUUCUCCUGGGACUGCUUGCAAUGUGCUUGCUUUGCGACGUAGUGCUGGCCGCGCCGUCGUCUUCGUCGUCUUCAUUGUCGUCGACUUUGGAGCACUUGCAGACGAUGGAGAGCUUUGAGGACGGUAUCGAGGAAGAGGAGUUAGUGAUGUCGAGGAACAAGCUCGGUGAGGAUGAAUUGGAGAUCAUUAGGAAGAGCAUCGUGCAAGGUCUCGGGCUCCAAAGGAUACCUGAUCCUUCAAAGGCGAACGUGAGCCAGGCCGAGUAUGAGAGAGCGCACAGAGAGUACCUGAAACGAGUGCAGCUAUCGCAUAACGGGCAGGAGACCAGGGUACGACGGGACCUUCACGUAUUCCAGACUACAGAACAUCCGGGGAACCGAUCGAGCUUCGACGUCAGCUGGAGCGUAAACGGGAAUCACCGUCACUCGUUUUACUUUCCCGUUGCGGUUCCUAACGACGUGACGGAGGAUGUCGCGGUUGAGCACGCGACCCUGAGAUUCCUUCUGCGAGGCGACCACAGGCGUCCACGCGACCUGGAGGCCCUGGUCUACCUGCGAAUGCCUGCUUCCCGACGUCUGCUGGCUCGACGUAGCAUCUCCCAGUCUUCGAUGGAUCCGACCGACUCGCGAUGGCUGGAGCUGGACCUCACCGAGGCGGUCGUCAGCUGGCUGGAACGUGAUCUGGAGAACAGCGGUCUUGAGCUGGAGUUUCUGCACGACGGUCGGCCGGCGCAGCGCGACGUCGACCACGCGAGUCUCAACGUGUUCACCGUUUCGGAGCCGUCGAUCGGCGGCAGACGGAAGCGAUCCACCCCCGAGGAGCUGAUGCCGCUGCACAAGGGCCGGCGCAGCAAGUGCAAGGGCGACAACAACAAGAAGUGUUGCCGGCACGAGUUGACGGUGAUGUUCAAAGACCUGAAGGGCUUCGACUUCAUCGUGUACCCGAAGGGCUUCGAUGCUGGUUACUGCAAGGGUCGCUGCCCGCCGCGCUACAACCCGGCGCAUCAUCACGCGCUCCUGCAGAGUCUGCUGUGGAAGGAGGACCGGAAGCGAGUGCCCAAGCCGUGUUGCGCGCCCAGCAAGCUCGAGCAGCUCAUGAUCCUCUACUUCGACGAGAACGACUCGACGCAGCUGCAGGUGUCCUAUUGGAAGAACAUACAGGUGCUGGAGUGUGCCUGCUCGUGAGGAGGAAGAGGAUGAUGUAGACAGGACGAGGAAGGAGCGAAGCGGUCUACCAUCGCCGAGGACUCACCAAAGAAUCGUCCGAAUUGUGCUUCGGUGAUGCCGCGCGCGCGCGCGAGACUUGUAACUUUUUCCCUGAAACACUAAUAGAAUAUUGGAUGACGGCACACAAGUUAGGGCAAAAGCGGGGACGAAGUACUCGUCCGAGCGGCUUUUAGAAUAUUCGUGCACGCCUCCGCGACUCCCAUUUCCACAAAGAUCGUCGCGACCACGACGAGGCGUCACCAGAUACUCAGACCUCCACCCCGUAAUUCACUUUAGGGUCUCGCACAUUGACUGUGAUACUAACGAUAUUUACUUGUCAUUAUAUUCCUUAUUACGUAGCGAUCGUGUUUUAUAUAUCAUUAGGACAUUUUUGCUAUAUUUGGACCCGGUUAAGAGAGAGCGAGUCGCGCUGCAACGAGCUCUCGCAAUUUGUCAGACUCUAAGCGUUUGCGAUGUUGUGCAGUUGCAGCGACAACGACGAUGACGACCGUUGACUUUUCGCUUCUCUUUUAACCAGGUGAGCGUCUCUCGCCGUACGAAACGCCAUAAACGUCAUUGUGUAUCUAUAGAGCGCGUACCCUCUAUCUCUUGUUAAUUUAUUAAAAUCACGUAGGCUUCCUCGCGAAACAAGCGGGUCGCGAGUCGGUCGUCGAUGUCGCCUAUUAACGUAAUGUCACGUUAUUGAAGUCUUCGCUCGUAUCGAACCUGUUUUGUAUCAAGGUUUCUGUUAGUUCCUAUAGAGUAUUACGACUAAGAACCCCGAGUUACCCCCAUAAGUCUCUUGAUUCCCCUUCCGAGUGCAGUCUAACGAAUGCGCGUACGCUACGCGUUCUUGUAAGAUCCCAACGCGUUUUCUACGAAAUCCCGUGCUAAUCGAGGGCCGCCGCAUGAUUUCCACGUGCGUAGCGAGAAUUUCGCGCAAGCUCCAAAAACGAUUAUCUGUGAAAUAAUGCUAUUUAUAGUUUAACCACGAAAUAACAUAUCGUAUUAUAUUUAUCGAGCGCAUAGCAAAAUCAGUGAGAAUCGUUACUCACGCGCCUAAUAUAACAAUUGCGUAAAAUUUACGACAUUGUAUCAAUAUGCACUUAUUGUAAAUUACGAUCUAAUCAAUCUCACAUAGGCGGCGCCGUUUUAUCAUUGUAAUUCCUGUCUCUCUCUUAAUCGAUUGUCGACAAAAUAUCUGAUGAUGGAAAUCUACUCAUAGCGAAGUCUUAAAUAAAUGAUCUAUCGGUUUUCAAUAC